AUGUCCGUCCUCCUGGCCGUCAAGGCGCUGAAGGGAGCCGGCAGGGAGGUCAUCCUCGAAGUGAAGUUCAUGCGGGAGGUGACCCCCUACAUCAAGAAGCCAUCGCUGGUGUCAGACCUGCCAUGGGAAGGGGCUGCCCCGCAGAGCCCCAGCCUGAGCGGCAGCGAGGCCUCGGCCUCCCCGCAGCACCAGGGCGCCCGUGACCGCAAGGUGAUCCCCCUCAAGAUGUGCUUCGCCGCCAGGAACCUCAGCAUGCCCGACUUGGAGAACAGGCUGGUCCACUCAGGCUCAGGCCGCCGCUCGCCCGCCCUGGGUUCGGAGCUGACCUUUGCCACCCGCACGGGCUCCCGCCAGGGCGUGGAGAUGCAUGUUUUCCGUGUGGAAACCCACCGGGAUCUCUCCACCUGGACACGUGUCCUGGUCCAGGGCUGCCAUGCUGCUGCUGAGCUGAUCAAGGAGGUGUCUGUGGAUGAGGCUCACAGCGACAAGGCCAAGGAGAGCAUCCGAGCCAAGUGCGUGCAGUACCUGGACCGGGCAGAGAAGCUGAAGGAGUAUCUGCGCAGCAAGGACAAGCAGGGCAAGAAGCCGGUCAAAGAGUCGCAGAAUGACAAGGGGAGCGACAGUGACAGCGAAGGGGAGAACCCCGAGAAGAAGAAGCUGCAGGAGCAGCUGAUGGGUGCCAUCAUGAUGGAGAAGCCCAACGUGCGGUGGAGUGACGUGGCCGGCCUGGAGGGAGCCAAGGAAGCUCUGAAGGAAGCUGUGAUUCUGCCCAUCAAGUUCCCCCACUUGUUUACUGGGAAGCGCACACCUUGGCGAGGGAUCCUGCUCUUUGGGCCCCCCGGCACUGGCAAGUCCUACCUGGCCAAGGCUGUGGCCACUGAGGCCAACAACUCCACCUUCUUCUCUGUUUCCUCCUCCGACCUGAUGUCCAAGUGGCUAGGAGAGAGUGAGAAGCUGGUGAAGAACCUCUUUGAGCUGGCACGGCAGCACAAACCCUCCAUCAUCUUCAUCGACGAGGUGGACUCGCUGUGUGGCUCCCGCAAUGAGAACGAGAGCGAGGCGGCGCGGCGCAUCAAGACGGAAUUCCUGGUGCAGAUGCAGGGUGUGGGGAACAGCAGUGAUGGGAUUCUAGUGCUGGGAGCCACCAACAUCCCCUGGGUGCUGGACUCGGCCAUCAGGAGGAGGUUCGAGAAGCGGAUCUACAUCCCCCUGCCUGAGGAGGCAGCACGGGCCCAGAUGUUCAAGCUGCACCUGGGGAACACCCCACACUCCCUGACAGAGGCCAACAUCCGUGAGCUGGCCCGGAAAACUGAUGGCUACUCCGGAGCCGACAUCAGCAUCAUCGUGCGGGAUGCCCUGAUGCAGCCUGUCCGCAAGGUCCAGUCGGCCACUCACUUCAAGAAGGUCCGUGGCCUCUCCCGCACCACCCCUGGUGCCCUGGUGGAUGAUCUCCUGACGCCGUGCUCACCCGGAGACCCCGAGGCCAUCGAGAUGACCUGGAUGGAGGUGCCUAGUGACAAGCUGAUGGAGCCCAUCGUCUGCAUGUCGGACAUGGAGCGCUCUCUGUCCACCACCCGCCCCACAGUCAAUGCUGAGGAUCUGCUGAAGGUGAAGAAAUUCACGGAAGACUUUGGACAGGAAGGUUAA